CCUACCCUUAUUUAUUGUACAGACCCUAAACAAUCAACACAUCUUGUUACUUGUUUCGUUCAAUGCGUCGCGUACCCGUGCACAUUGGAGUUUUCUAGUUCGUCAGACGCUCUUACCGGCGUUUUUUUACAUUUUCUACACUCGUCGACGAAACUCUUUCGCCAAAAUAUUUCGCAGUUGUGACAAUUUUUUUUGUAUCAGUAUUUUUUAUUUGUAUUUAUUUUCCUAAUUUUUUUUUAUACUUAAAUCUCGUAUUUCUUCCGUUUUAUUUUUUAUUUUUUAAAUAUCCUUUUCUUGUUGUUAUUUUCGUUAUCGUUGUUGUACAAAUUUCGUAUCGUGUAUCGUAAUUAGUGUGCAAUACUGUUUCCAAGCAUCUGUUCCAAUUCUGACGGAAAGUUAUCCGCAUUGGCUCCACAACCAGCUGUAUCAGGUUACAGCCUAGUCGGCGUGUAUCCUUGCGCGUUGUGGAAGCCUUCGGCUCACAAUUCAGACGAAAUUGUCGCUGGUUGUUUUUGUCAUAAUCAAGGACCUAUACGAUCGAACAGACUGGCUUCUACGGUGAGAACAGCACCAUAUCCUCCGGUACAGUUAUAUAAUUCCAAUUCGAGUAUCAUAGAAACGUGUAGAUGUCGAACAGCCACUGAAGAAUUGGUCGGUUCAGCAGAAUCUGCGGUCAAUACAGCGUCAGCGCCAAUGUUGUUCGUACCGUUCACCUUACAAACUAAUUUUGGUGCUCAUCAUUUAGCUCCCGGUUCUGGAAAUGCACCGCUCAAUAUAACCACAGGAAACAACGUAUGCUCUUCGGCUGUUACGGUGCAACCGACAAAGGAUAUGAAAGUGAGCUGGCCUCCUUCCCCAGGUCUUCAAUCAAAACAAGACACAAGCAAACAUUAUCACAUAUUUGUUGGCGAUUUAAGUCCAGAAAUUGAAACUCAGACCUUAAAAGAAGCUUUUUCACAAUUUGGAGAAAUUUCAGACUGUCGAGUGGUACGCGAUCCUCAAACAUUAAAGUCAAAAGGAUACGGUUUUGUAUCGUUUUCGAAAAAAUCGGAAGCAGAAAGUGCUAUAGCAGCUAUGAAUGGUCAAUGGUUAGGUAAUCGUAGCAUACGAACUAAUUGGGCAACAAGGAAACCACCUGUUUUGAAAGGAGAUGGAAAUUCGAAACCAUUAACGUUUGAUGAAGUGUACAAUCAGUCCAGCCCUACCAACUGUACAGUAUAUUGUGGUGGGAUUACCAGUGGUCUUUCAGAUGAUGUUAUUCAAAAAAUCUUCGCCCCUUUUGGUAAUAUUCAAGAAGUACGCGUCUUUAAAGACAAAGGAUACGCUUUUAUCAGAUUUUCCACCAAAGAAUCAGCAACACAUGCCAUUGUAGCCGUUCAUAAUACUGAUAUUAAUGGACAAUUAGUGAAAUGUUCAUGGGGUAAAGAGUCUACCGAUAUUACGAUUUCUCAGUCUUCGGCCCAAACAAUAACCACUAGCUCACAAUUUCCAUUCACCUAUGGACAACAUUUAAAUUACUGGUACCCGCAAAGUUACCCAUCUACAGCUGCUGCGGCUGCUACAGCUGCUGCCGCACAACUGCAAGGACAAUUUUUACAAGGCGUUCAAGGGUAUCCAUACAGCCAAUUCGGAUAUCAGCAAGGGUAUGUUGGACGCGUAGGUCUGCAGUUACCAAACACAGCUCCAAAUACAGCUUGGACGACGCAACCUCAAAUUCCAGCUGCUGUGACAGCUCAAGGAACACCAAUUCAACAACCAACCGCAGCAACAGCGCCAACCAUCAUACCUGCAUAUCCUGCUACCAUGCAACAAUUCCAAUUAUCAGAUGAUGAAUGGCUCACUCCAAGUUUGUUAGUUUAGGAAGGAGGAAAUUCACUUGAAUUUAUCAAAUAGAUAUACCUACGAUUAAGUAUUUCUUAUACCUAUCUUAUAGUACGUUUACGAAUGAUGAUUGUGAUAAAUACUUUUCAUUGUGAACGCAAUCAAUAUUCAUAAGAUUAAUAAUUUAUUAUUUAUUCGUGUUAUUUGUUACGUAUGAUUCUCGUCAUGAGUAGGUACCUAUAAGUGUACAGGGUGCUCAAUAAUAUCGAAUAUAGCCAACGAAAAUUUUCGUCCAAUAAUGUAAGUUGGUAUACAUGCUGAGUCCUAUCACAAUACAUUGACUCAGUAUAAUACCAACCUACAUUGUAGUAUGAAAAUUCUCGCAAAAUGUUCUGUUUGCAUAAUAUUUUCAUCAGCUAAUCAAAUACCAAACUUUCUCGAGACCUACAAAACCGUUUUAAAAUUUUUUUACAAAAGAUGAAAGACUCCGAAGUACAAAAUAUAAAUAGCAAAUGCAAAAAAAAAUCUCCAUUCUCAUGAUAAAUGUACAGUAUAAUCAAAACUGUUUUUAAUUCUGCACGAUGCUAAUUACUACUCUAAAAUCUAAAUAGGUUGUAAACCUACAUUAAUUCUAUCCAAAAAGUAAUAGCCCAGUAGGCCUGUAAUAUGUUCGUAUUAAAAGCUGAUAGCGUCAAAUAACGCGCGUUCUGUGUUGGCCUUUGCCUUUGAUCGUACAUAAAGAGAACAACGCUUGCGCGUCGUACAGAUUUGUGCGUACGUAAAUGUUUAUAUGUACGAGGUCAUUGUUGAAUGCGAUGCAGAUAUGCUAUUUUAACUUUUAGCAAUAACCUCUCGCUGACUUUAGCACAUACUAGUGAGUUUUACUCAAAACAAAACCGUCCAAAAAAGUUCGUAGCGUAGGUAUCGUUGCAAAAUUUAAUCGACAACAUUCCACAAAACAAAAUGCAAUGUCUGCAAACUGCGAUAUUUCUUGAAAUCAUUUUUAAAACGUUGUAUUUUUUCAAAAAUCCGGAUACGUACCUGAUUAUGCAGUUGAAAACAUAUUUUACGGUAGAAAAAAAUUAAUAGUGGCGACUUAAAAUUCUUUGUAGCAAUUUGAAUCAAUUUUCUAAAAAUAAAUACAGAUCAAUGUUUGUUUUUGAUUCUCAUAUAUCACAAUAAACAAUUAAAAAGAGUAAAUUCAUAACUAUUGUCUUGUAAUGGGGUAUAUUUAUGUGGGUAUGCAUGAAUGCAUUUCAAUUUUUGAAAAAAAGAAAGACAAUUACAUUGGUAGAUACGUAAUUACAUAAGUACUUUAUUUCAUAUAAAAAUUUCGGGACUUUUUUGCUGGUUGCAUUUUUAAAAGAAUCAUAAGUCACAUCAUAAAACUUAUCCUCUCACUUCAAAAAAAUCAACGUCCAUAUAGCCUACUUGAAAAUAAAAUGAACAUAAAUAGGUAUAUUAACCUUUUGGAAACAAAAAAUAAAAAUUGAUAAAAAUUUUACAGACUUAUACUCUUCUCACUAUCCAAAUACAUAGGUAGGUACUUAGGUAGUAUGCCGAGAUGCACAC